AUGAAGGUUACUUGGAACAAGGAGAAGGUGAACAAGAAGCGCCCUUUGGCAGCCAUUUCCAAAUCCCAAAAUCUUCCUUUCGACAAAGAUGACGACGAAGCCAUCAGUCACAGCAACGACGACGCUGGCGGCCAGGACAAGCAACCGGGAGUCGCUGCUGGGGAGCCUUUGAAUUCAGAAUCCAAUAUUCAACUCAGCGAGUCGUUUCAAGCUCAGGGAGACGAGUUAGCCGAGGAGGGAAAAUACAGAGAAGCACUAGGGAAAUGGGAGGCUGCAAUCAAUUUGAUGCCUGAGAAUGCAGUCCUGCAUGAGCAGAAGGCACAAGUUUUACUUGAAGUUGGAGAUGCUUGGAGCUCGCUCAAGGCAGCAACUCGAGCCACCGAGUUGAGACCAUCUUGGGCUGAGGCAUGGGUAACCCUUGGCAGAGCACAGUUGAACUUUGGGGAACCUGAUAGUGCAAUUGACAGCUUUGACAGAGCACUAGCUAUCAAGCCUGAUUUUAAGGAAGCUGAAGUUGACAGACGUGCUGCAUCGCAGCUGGUGAGGAAACGACUGCAACUUCACUCUGCUACUUCGAGUGUUGGCACAAGCCGCUACGUUGUCCAGGACAAGACAGUUGACUCUGAGUCUGGAGAGGGAGUUCUCGAGCACUAG